AUGGCGUCGCUCAAUUGGACCUCGGUGGCAGUAGCUAUCGCUGCAGUCUUACUCUUCUGGACAUUCUCGGCCACAUCGUCUUCACCCUUCACGCGCAACUUCCCCCGACUCCACAGCAAGCGGAUCUGUCUGUUGAUCGCACACCCAGAUGACGAGGCCAUGUUCUUUGCGCCAACAGUUCUGGCGCUCACGAAGCCAGAGUUGGGCAAUCAUCUCAAGAUUCUCUGUCUCAGCAGCGGUGAUGCUGAUGGCCUCGGCGAAACCCGCAAGAAGGAGCUGCAGAAGAGCGCCCUUCAGCUUGGUGUUCGCAACGAAUCCGACGUCUUCAUUAUCGAUGACCCCACUCGCUUCCCGGAUAGCAUGACCAAAGACUGGCCUGCCGAUCAAGUUUCCUCUCUCCUCGCCUCCGCAUUCGCUCCCGAUCUCGCCGCCUCCCUUAACGGUAGCAAAAAGGCAGACCCCAAGAAAGCUCCCACCGCCACCAUCGAUAUCCUCCUUACCUUCGAUCAGCAUGGCAUAAGUAACCAUAUCAACCACCGCUCGCUGUACCAUGGUGCUGUGGAAUUUGUACGGCUUCUCAUGAAGGACAAGUCCGGCUUUGCCUCUCCCAUUGAGCUGUAUACUUUGACGAGCACUUCGAUGUUUAGGAAGUAUGCUGGUGUGCUUGAUGCGCCGUUUUCCAUGAUUCAGGGUGCGUUUUCCAAUGUCGUGGCAAGACUGAGCGGCGUGAAGAAGGAUGGGCCCAGUCCCGCACGCUUGCUGUUUGUUAGCUCUGUUGCGGAGUGGUUCACAGCGCAGUCGGCUAUGGUGAAGUGUCAUAAGAGCCAGAUGGUUUGGUUCCGGUGGGGGUGGAUUACACUUGGGAGGUAUAUGACUGUGAAUGAUUUGAAGAAAGAGAAAAUCUAG